AUGCAGACAUCUGUAUUUCAAAAGCAAACUAGGAAUAAAAAUGUUGUGAACUGCUUAUACCACAAUCGUGAUGCACUCUUUAGGCUGGUCUGUUUUCCCUGGGCAGGAGGCAACUCCUAUCAUUUUGCCAAAUGGGGCCAAAAUAUUUCCAGUUUGGUGGAAGUGCAUGCCAUAAGGCUUGCUGGGAGAGAAAGUCAGCUUCAAGAGCCUUUUCCAAAGGACAUCUACCAGGUGGUUGAUGAAGUCGUCUGCGCUCUGCUGCCGGUCCUCCAGGGUGAAAAUUUUGCAUUUUUUGGCCACAGUUUGGGAUCUUAUCUUGCCUUUAUGACUGCACUACACUUAAAAGAAAAAUGUAAGCUAGAACCGGUGCAUUUAUUCGUGUCAGGUGUAAAUCCUCCUCAUUCAAAGGCCCGAUAUUGUAUUCCCGAAGAAAGUUUGUCAGAAGAACAAAUUACCAGUCAACUAAAGAAACCUGGAGGCACUCCCAAGGAUUUUUUCGAAGACGACACAUGUUUACAAUUUCCCAGACUGUUGGCAGAUGUUUACCUUGGUAGUAAUUACAUCUUUGAUACACCCUCUGAGGUUCCUCUUUCUUGUGACUUAACAUGCUUUACUGGAUCUGAUGAUAUACCAGAGGAUUUUAAAGCCUGGGGAGAUGUAACCAGUGGAAGCUGUGAUACUCACGUGCUUCCAGGAAACCACUUUUAUCUUAUGGAACCUUCCAAUGAGAUCUUCAUCAAAAAUUACAUAACCAAGACUCUAGAAGCAUCAAUGAUUCACUACAUUUAG